AUGACCGUUGAGUACUCCUUAGAAGUGUACUGGUCUCGAAGCAUGGACAAUUCGCGAAUCCAAUCUCGGUCCCAUACUCCCAUGAGUGGAGAUCCUAACUGGGUGUCAAUCACUGAUUUGCGUGGUCGUCCCCUCGCUGUGAAAAUCACCGAGCAAAGCCCUAAAUCUAAUUUGCUACCGAUGAGUUUACAAAAUUUGUCUCAAAGUGACAGGGAUAUUUGGACCAAUGGCAGUCGACCUCGUUCAGCCAAUAGUCUUCAUUUCACAUUCAGCCAAUCCGCUUCUCACGUUGGUGGUGCGCGUACACGCGUGCGAACUGCUUCAAACGGUUUACCUGAUUCAUGGAACACAUUCGAUUCGGCACUCGGUCGCAGUAGUAGUGUCCCGCCAGCUCCAGGCGGAUUAAUUCUGCCAGAGUAUUCACAUGGAUCUAUUGAUCACUCAGCUCCGAGUAGUGCUCUCUUCAGUCCUUUCAUCCGACGUUCAGUGGACUACAAGCACCCGACCUAUUACUACCAUCCAGACAGUGAAACUCAGUCGGUUAUCGAGGAACAGGAGGAGGAACAGGGCGUAAACCUUGACAAUCCGCUUGACGAAAUUCACAAGGAGACUCAUCACUUAGAGUCGGAAGAAAAUCAGAAGCAUAUGUGUUUACCCAAACCCACCUUUGCAAUCCGGAGUCAAAAGCGCAAUAAUGAGAAAUCCGAAGCCAAUCCGGUUCCGUCUUCAAGUAAUGCUGCAAAGGCCGAUCCGGAUGCGACAGAAAAUCGCACUUCUAUUGGACGAUUCAGAAUCAGUCAGAGGCGCGCAAAGUCAUCCAGCGACGUCCAUUCUGAGCCCAAUCACGAAGAAGUGGAAUCCAAACAUGUACUGAAGCGAUUGAAGCAAAGGGCUCAGACCUUUUUAAGACCCCAUAAGCGGAAUGAAAGGUUUGGAUCCCUCUCAAAACAAGCGCUAGGCGGAACCCUAAAGGCAUUAGCCGGUUUCUCCACUGGCCUUCUGACUGUCGAUCCGGCAUUAGAGGUGAAGAAUAACGAUGUGUUUGGAGCGAGAAGCUGCCCAAACAUCCAUGAUGGACGUGGUGCUCGUUCUCAUCCCCAAGAUUCUAGUUCUCUUCUUUCUGUCUCCGAUGACUUUCCAGGAUCUGUUGGCGCUAUUCAUUCAUUUUACUGUUCACCCGGUACCUAUCGACGUCAGUUGAUGCACGUACUAGUCGAUGAUUUUUCCUCAAACAUAUCUCGUGAGAAUACUGAUCCGGGAAUUACCACCAAACACUCGGGGCAGCGCGAGCCACCGUCUUCCGCGUGCAUACAGACCGAUCUAUCUGGUAAUUGUCAAACAAACGGUGUUAGCUUUUCUAAUCUCUCUUCGGUCCGACGUGAUUCCGGACAUGGAAGUAUGAGCCCGUUGCCCACAGAUGUCAGUGCAGGUACCGGGUCACGGACAUGGUUCUCGUCGACAGAACAGAACAGUCCAUAUUCUACGCAAAUAGAAACAAACGCAAAACCUCACAUCCCAUCUACCAAUACGGAACUCUGGAAAACACUCGAACAGCCUCCAACACAGACAAAACAGUUUGCAGCGAUUGCUCCAAUGGUUGCGUCUUGUUUGACCGCUGAACGACCACUAUCUGAAUCCGGUGAUACUAUGAAAAAAACGGAACCGCAAUUGUGUGUUCCACUGGAAACCAGCCUGAUCACUGGUAUACAGGUUGCUCCAGAUCAGAUCGAAUCAACGCCCAUUCGGGAACAUGUGGAUACCUUUGGAAAAGUUGAAGUUAUCCCCAUUCACAAUGUAACAUCUGAAGUGAGAGAUUCAUCCGAAACAGAUAAGAGGUCACCCACUAGCACAUUUUCUGAAGUAGACCAACCCGUGGAUCAAGCAGCCAACCCAGAAUUGAUGCGACAUACCAUCAACACAAGCAUCAACUCAACGCAGGUCCUACAGUCACCAAAUACGACUCCUCACUUCACAAGCAAUUUUGAAUUCCAGUUGACAUCAACGGGAAAAACCGACGAGUUCCAUUCACAUGAAACUUGUGAAUCAGAGUAUCAGGAUGAUGAUACGAUCUUACGUUCGCAGAAAUCACAUCUAGAUCAGACAGAACCGUAUUCAAUGAACCAGCUGGAUAGUAACGCAAAACCAUCCAAUCUAACCGGCAUAUCAGGAUUAAAUGUGUCAGGUGCAAGUCAGUUACUCGAGACUGAUUUAGAUGCGGAUGUAUAUCCGGAUCUGGUAGGCGGUUCUAUUUCUCCUGCUGCAUUUGGGUUGUCUACCUCGGAAGUAGUGGUUAACCCGCGGCCUGGUUCACCACCUGCAACGGACACCUCUGAAGGAGUGCGUGAGGUUGUCUGUUCCCAACCAUUUGACGUCAGUCACGACUGGAGUGAAGCCGAUGCUUCCUUGGCUGGUGUGCCGGAAAUACCAAGCAUUGUGGAAUCGAUAGAACAGAGGCGAACAGGAUCAGUCGAGCCAAUUUCAGAUAUGAUAUCCGAUGUCUCUUCCGAUUACCUUGACAAUAAGACAGAAACAAGACCAGGUGUAUCAAGUGUGGAAAACUCAGAUCACGAUAGCAACGUCCACAUUGUUGACAUUAGACCCGCAUCUCAAUCACAAACGGUACCAGAAAUAAAUGAAUAUGAUUCCGGACUGGAUGCUGAAUUGACAGAAACUUUACAUGCGGUGCCUGACUUAUCGGAAGCGGUUGCCUUGCCACAAGGCACAUAUCCUACUGCACUGAAACAGCAUUCUGUACUUAGCAGCAAUGCUCCUCAGUCGGAACUGGUUUCCAAUGCUACUGAAUGCAGUCAACAGCUGGAUAAUCAUACCGAAACCAGAGUAGACAGCGAACUAUCUGCACCGAUCUGUGAAAUUUCAGUUCAGCCGUCUUUGAACGAACAGGAAGGCGGUAGGACUCAAACUCACGAUGAAACCUCUGCCACUUACGGAAAAUUGUCAUCUAGUGAGCAGGUUACGGUAGAUGAACCCGGAGCGAGAAUACCGAGCAAAAGCAUCGGUGCUCUGACAAUGGCCGCAGCCAUUGACAAUCCUGAAACGGAACAACGACCUCUAUCAAAUGAAUUAAACGCGUGCCACGAAAAAAUGCAACAAUUUACAGAACAACCUAUUUGCGCAGUCGAUUCUGUGGUGCCAUCAGAGUCCGCUGUAUGUGUUGAUAACGAAACCCGUUUGCAACCUAGCAGUUCAAACGAGGAAGCUUCAACAGAGACAGGUUCAUCCUGGACAAGAUGGAUUUCUCAAAAGCUUUUUGGUUCUUCUGACGGCUCACGUAAUGUUUCGGAAACCGAAGGUAAUUCCUUGAAUGAAGAAACGACAUCUUCAAAACAGGACACCAAAAUCCUUCCAGAAGAAAUUGUUCCGGAAGAAGUAGUUGAAUCAGUGAAAACGGAAGAUUUACCCUUUUUACCACCAAAAACGGAAGAGGAGGCGCAUUGUGCAGGUACUAGUCCAAUACAAUCUCCCCAUAUGCACCAGGAAGAUAGAGACUAUCCAGUGGAAUCUAUCAUUUCAAGGAAUAAUGUUGAUUCAAUUCAGCUAUUGAGAUCAGCUCCAGAAGGGCAAUCACUUUUGUACAAAACGAUACAACUUGUUGACGAUAAACAACAACGACUAGUGCAUUUGGACUCCCGAGCUGAGCCGGAAGAUAAUGAUGUUCUAUUUGCACACGAAUCCACAAGCGCUUAUGAAAACAAACGACCGAGUGAAGCAUCAGCGGCACAAGUUGAUUUUCAAGGCAAUGAGAAACAUGGCGCCGACGAAGUCUCGUUGAAUCCAUCAGAGAUUGUCGCUAAUAUUUCACACUCCUUGCAGAAUGACAUAGCACAUUCUUCAGUUUAUGAAAUCAACAACGUUGCUCAAUUGGAUGCUAACAAAAUUGAGUCACACAAAUACAUACAGCAGAAUCACAUUGAACCAAACAUGGAGUCGAACAGUCACCAGAUAACCCCGAAUGUUGGUGGCGCGGACAAUGUAAUUUCCUUAGCUGAAAAUCCAUGCCAGCAAAGUGUACAAAUUCAUACUGAGGACGCAGCCGUGGUAGACUCAGAAGAAGCGGAAUUAUCUCCCAUCCAAGCCACUUUGUCAGCCGUUCAAGAAACGCUGCCCAAACUUGAGAGAAACGCAUACCGCACGGCAUUCCUUCCUCAAAAUUCUACAUCUAUUUCCGAUCAGGGGAAUCAGGACGAUAUGUUGGUGUUGCAUGAAUUCAGUCGCCAAAUCGUCAGUGGUGUGAUGGAUAUAGUGGCUGACCGAUUGGAGAAGGAUGUCGACGAGAAACGUAACUCAAAGCAAACGGACCAAACAGUGAAGCCGGUACCGGCAUUCGAUGAACAGUCAAGUUCAGCGAUCAGCGCACCCCUUUCGGUCUCAACAGUACCUUUGGAAGUUAGUCUUAUCUCGAUCACAAGCACCUCGAGACCAAUUGCUCCAGCUGAUCCGUCUCAAGGUUUCGAUGAAACUCUCUGUAUGAACCAGACAGUGAAGAAACAGGAUGACCGCUUACACGUAUAUCAAGGCCAAAAUGAUCCGAAUGUUGAAGCCAAGAUACGGACCGUUGACUCUCCCAUUGUGCAAGUAAUUAACGAAAUUCAGAAUGCAAAAUCAACUCCGUUGGGGUCGGAAGUAAACGGAGCUUCAAUGUUCUAUCCUGUUGAAAUGAAUGAUGAGGUAGGUGAACAGACGCCUUUUGUAGACCAGGUACAGAAAUAUGUUGAACACACUGCACACUAUCCAAUAGAGAAGGUGAAUGAAACGGAGGGGAACAUUGAAGAUGUUCCGAGUUCGAUACCGAUAGAGGCUCACAGUGAUGUGCUCAAAGUGCCGGCAGAGAAUGACCCGUCAAAUAUCCGUUCAGAGGGGAUGCCCAUUGAUCUGAACAACCGUUUACAAGUGGGAAAAGUGUUGGAUAGAAGUAUGAAUGAAGAACAUAUAAAUGAGGCAUCAACGACUGUCGGCGAAUCAGGUGUUGCCGGAUUACAACCUACAUCCAGUGCGAACCUGGAGGGAACUCAAGGGAUGUCAAAUGACCAACUACGACCGUAUGGAUCUUCUGCUAAUGUCGUACAACGUCCAUCCCAAUGGAGCUUUGUGAUGGUGAGCUCCAUGUUUCAUUUCGUCACAAUCUACAUUCCACGACAUCUUUAUUGGUUCUAUACGGCAACAUUUGAAUCCCGGGAACGCUUGUACGAGGCCAUGUCUGAACGUGGUAUACGCCUUGCUAUCGCAUGGGAACGGAUUGAAGCAGGACUUCGGAACCCUUACUGUGUCGCAGUCGUAUUUAUCGGGAUCACCUCAGUUGCACCGCAUCUAAGUCACUGGCCGGACUUCCUGAGCCGCGCGUUUCAUUUGUGUGAUUUCUACCUAUUCACACCUCCGUUUUGGGUAGAUCGUCCAAUUCUCUAUCAUUUGGGUCAGCUGGCUCAUUCGUUUCAUCAAUCUUUGCGCUGGCAUGGACGAACGGCUAUCACUUCUUUCCGGCAAUACCCUUGGGCUUUGGUCAACCCCACAAACCAAUGA